CCGCUUAAUGGAGGCAUUGUUGUCACAUUUUGCUAUGGGUCUCAUGAGUUUCGUUUACAAGUUAAUUUUCUAGUAUAUUAAACAUUAUGAUGGCGCUAUAAACGGAGACAUUGGCUUUGGUACAGCUUUACUGAGGCUGUGCUGAGAAACCCGGUUUCGGAGGUGGUAUGACAGAUGAUGGAUGACGACACAAGAUCACAAGAACUGUUGGACAGUGUUGACAUCUCACAGUUACGACCUGAUGGGAAACUUAAUACAUCAGUUGCACCACCUUCCCUCAAGGUUGAUGAAGAUGGAUGCGCAGUUAUUGCACCACCUGUUACACAGUAUGUCAACAUACACAGGUUGGCUGAACCUUCUCUUGGUGCUGUUGGGGGUAAGGGGGGAACAGGCGGUGGUGUCCCUUCGGACUGCGGGCCUACUGGCCUUGACCUGGUUCCUCAUCAUGUUGUGCAUAAUGGACUUGUGGUUGACAUGAUGGUACCAGGAAGUGCUGGUGAAUUUGUGGCACAUGGUGCAGCUGGCUACCUUCCUCCUGUGGGUGACCAUUAUGAUGAAGAUGUCUUACUGACGGAAGAUGAUCGUCGCCUUGCAGCAGCCCUCGUUGCUGUACAGAUUGCUCAGCAGCAGAAGCAUCAUGGAAAUGUGGGCAGUAGUCAUCAUGGUUUGCCUCACCCCCAGGAAUUAGGCCUAGUUACUGUUAAUGGUGCCCUGCCGUGCCUUACUAAGGUUCCUGAUCAUCAUAAUGGAAGCAGCGUACCUAUGUCACCAGACCGUGCUGCUGUAGUUCAAGGGUACAUACAGACAGCAGGUGUAGUUGUUGAUGAUGACCAGGAGCACCAACUAUUGACUGAACAGGGUGAUCGUAUCUUAAAAUUGUACCAUCAAGCAGAGCAAGCUGCUGCAUCUGCUCCUCCUACAGCAACAGUACAGACACGUCGCCACCAUGUGCAGGCAAUACAACACGAGCUUCCGAGGUCACCGAGAGAUGAAUUGAAGGAAGAAUAUGACAUAAAAAGUGAGGAAGAUGAGAGUGGAGAUGAGCAGGCAUUAGAUCAAGAAGCAGACAUUGAUGCUGGAUCUGGUUCUUCUGAUUAUGGCACAGGUCGUGCUUCUCGUCGCAGUCUUCCUCAUAAGAAGCGCAUACCACGCAAACUGAAACAGCAACAGCAGCAGCACCAGCACCAGCAACAGGUGCAGCAUCAGCAGUCCCAGAAAUCAUCAUCUUCUCCAUCUCGCAGUUUAUCAGCACGCCAUUAUAAGUGCAAUCGAUGUGGUGCACAAUUUAAUUCACAGUCGUCACUGGCCUCUCAUCGACAAAUGGCGCAUCACUCUCAAGCCUUCAGUUGUGAACUGUGUGGCCGUGUCUUCACACAUCAGAUUAAAUUUUUUGAGCAUCUGAAAUCACAUUAUGAACCUUUAUCUGCUACUAGCACUGUAAUGGAUGAAGAAGCCACAGACCAUGUUGAUGAGCCAGAUGUACCACAAGAACAGGAUGAGUCGCAAGUAAAACUUGAACCACUUCGUCCUGUCGCACCUAACAGUUCCUCAACAGCUGUACCUGUGUCAUUGCCUCAGUCUCCUCCAACACCAGUGUACAGUUGUCCACACUGUGGGAAGACAUUUCGGCGCCAGAAGGUUCUUGAAACACACAUCAGUCAGACCCAUCCGAAACAAGAAGAGAUUGAAUUCAGUGAUCCAGAAGAUCUUAUGGAAGGCAUUCGUGAUGUGGUGAAUGUGACAGCUGCUGCAGAUGACGCAGAUCCAUCCAAUGUUGUGAAAGGUGGCCCAAGCUGGUACCACCAUGUUGGCAGUGGUGAUUGGUACCGUGAAGAUGAACUGACAGCAGCUGAGGCAGAUCUUCAUGAAAUUGAAGACUCUUUGGCGUGUGAAUUGUGCGGUGAUGUUUUCACGAGCAAAGAAUUGGUGGCAGAACAUGUACGCCGUGAUCAUCUCGACAUGCCUCCACCGCCCCCACCAGAUGCUCACAGUGAUCCAGAUGGUGAAGCUGAAGCAGAUGGAGAGGAUCCAGACAAUCCCCCAGCACCGGAUCCUGGUCCUGCCAACGAGACCUCUGUCCCCGCAUCAAACAGCACGACAGGUGGAAAGCGAAGACCCAAGAGAUCACGAAGAGAACUUCAGUUAACGUGCCCUGAAUGCUUUAGGAGAUUUAAUCACCGAAACUCUUUGGUAUAUCACCUUCGAUCACAUUCUGGUGAAAGGCCGCACCAAUGUGAAGUCUGUGGAAAGAGUUUCUUUGCUGCAAGUGCACUAAAGGUACAUAUGCGGCUGCAUUCGGGUGAUAAACCUUACAAGUGUGAAUACUGCGGUCGUCACUUUCGACAGUGGGGUGAUUUGAAGUACCAUUGCAUAUCAAUACAUUCGGAAGAAAAGAAUUACCAGUGUGAAUACUGUGGGAAAGACUUUGCCCGAAAAUACUCUCUCAUUGUGCAUAGACGUAUUCAUACUGGCGAGAAAAAUUACAAGUGUGAAUUUUGUGGGAAAAGCUUUCGUGCCUCCUCAUACCUUCAGAAUCAUAGACGGAUUCACACAGGUGAGAAGCCACAUCCAUGUAAUGUGUGUGGCAAGCCAUUCCGUGUUAGAUCAGACAUGAAGCGACAUCUCAACACGCACAAUCGAGAACGACACAGAAGUAAUGGGGCUCGUAUAGCAGCCUCCUCAGCUACAGAGGAUCAGUUGAAGGUUGAAGAAGCAGAAGUAGUUAGUGGCUUGAGCCACACAGUUUCUGUGGAACAUCAAACAGCCACACAGCAGUCACUGAGCACAGUUGCUGAAAUAUCUGUGCAGGAUGCUGCUCCUCCAGAUAGCCUCUUGCCGGAAGAAACAGGUGGCUCAGGUUUGCGGCACAGUGCACUGGGCGCUGCUGCUGAGGAAGUUCUUUACCACACCAGGGACACACUGGAUGCUGUCCGCGAUUCGAGCACACUUUAUGUUUGGCCGAUCUAUAUGAGUUAGCACAACCACUUAGCAUUCAGGCUGGUGCCUACUCGCUGAUAAUUGACUGAUUUAAUUGUGAUUGCCCGGUGUAACACAGAAGACUUAAUUAGAAUGACACGGGUUUUGUACAAAGCUGUCGAACUCAGGUGGUUGAAUGGGAUUCAAUUUGUCUGUAUUUCCAUGUCUGGGCUUCUGUGCUGUGUUGUGUUGUGAAUGAGAAACAGUAUUUUGUACUGCAAGACUGGAAUAUCAUUUAAAUAAUAUUUAUAUAAAUUGCAUCUAUGACUGUUCCCAGACAGAUUGUACCUGUUUGGGAGUUCUGAAUGGCAUUGCUGGAGAUAACCCAGCACUCUCAGAUAUUACUAGCUUGAGAUAUUUUUUCUGACCUGAAUUGUCAGUACUAUUCUCACCAUGGUUGUAAUUGGGAUAUACAAUAGAGAGUUCUGGAAGAGAUUUUCAGUACUUGUUAAUGUGCAGAUUGCUGGUUUCUGCUGUAUUACAUUUAGAGGGAUGUGGUGGAGCAAGGUGCGAGAUAUGCGGACUGGAUUUGGAAGUGAUGAAAUGGAAGUCUUCCUUAAGUAGCUUAUGACUGUUAAGAUGUUGAAUGCUUGUGGCAUUUGUGCUGUGUACCACUAAUUGUUUGCUUGUGCUAAUGAGGAUUGAAUCAUUGUUUGUUGAUUGUGUAUAUGUUUUUAUACUGUGUAUCUUUGGUAUUCUAGAGUUCUUAAAUAACUGAUCAUUGUAUGGAAUUGAAAAUCCAGUAAGUAAUACUCAGCAGCUAUUGGGAUACAUUUUAGGAUUAAGCACAAAGCAAGUUCUAAGGUUUCACUAUUUUUUUAAGAACCUUUACAUAUACUUACAUCUGUAUCAAAAUUGAAGCAUUCCACUGCAAAUUUUAUGUAAUAUAAUAAUGAUUGUGUAUGUUUGUACUGUGUAUGAAUUUUGUUGUGAGCCUGCAAGUUCAGCUACUAGAAUGUGUGCUGAUACUAUAUUAAAGAGUUGAAUUACGUACUAAAGCGAGAAAAUAUUUUUCUGCUUAUGUCUUAGGUAUUGUGAUUAUUUAUCUGUACCUACAUUGAGACUGAAAUAAUAGUUUUAAUUAUUUAGUUUUGAGUGCUUUUGUCCAUUUUUCAGAAUGAAGAGAUUGUAGCUAUGUUAUAUAAUAUUUUUCAGUAGUAAUCUCUUCUGCAUCCCUUUUUGGACAGAUUGCCUUAAGACAUUGCUGUGUUUUAUAAAUGGAAGCAGUAGGUGCACAUAUGAAUGGAUCCAGAAAAUAAGUCUUUAAUUUUAUUGUUAUCUUAACAUGAGAAAUAGGGAAUGAUUGUGUGAUGAUAGGUGCAGAUUGUUGUAAAAUUAUUGUGUGACCAGACAUUCUGCAUAGACAAUUAUUUUUCUUAAAUAUCUUUUACAUAUUUGUUCUAGAUAUUGUCAUUACAUUUCUACCUUUAUCUGAUUGCAGAAUGCAUCUUAUGUACACUUUUUCUCCCUGUCACUGCGUCUUAAGAAUUUACAGAUAUUUAAUGCUAGAACUAUUCUUAUCUCUAUGAUUCAAUACAGUCUUCUUCUUUCUCACCUAUAUGCUACUUUUAGUUUUAAUGAAUAGGAAAUGUGGAAUGAUAUAGAGUAGUUUAUGCAAAAUAUUUCAUAGACUUUAGCAGAUACUAUUCAUUCUUUUCGUGGCUGUACAUUUUGGUUUGUGACUACAGGUGCAAAAUCAGAGGAUAAUUUAUUGGCAAUAUUGAAAAUAGAAUUUAAAAAAAUUGUAUUUCAUUAUGAUUUUGUGAGAAAUGGUGUGAGAAUACUUUAUCACAAGUAUUCUUCAUCUAUUACUUGAAUUUUACACAAUGCACUGAUGUGAGUUCCUCACUUAUAUUUGUGUUUGGUGGUACGCUU